AUGGAUAGAGUACGCAAAGCUACUGAACAUUGCGAUGCGCUUCAGGGAUUUAUUGCCACUCACAGCUGUUCCGGAGGUACCGGCGGUGGUCUCACGGCUUAUAUAUUUCGCGUCCUGGCUUCGGACUACGAAAAGUUUAGUGUUGUGCAGCUACCUGUUUAUCCAGCUCCACAACAUUCAAACGCCAUUGUGGAACCAUACAACACUGUUCUUCAUUUGGAUCAAGCUGUGGAUGCAGUAAAACUGUCAACCAUGAUGGACAAUGAAGCGAUUGGCGAGGUGUGUCGUCGGGAUCUGAUGCAUAGACAACCGACAUUUCACACGAUGAAUCAAGUGAUUGCACUUCUCACUAGUUCAUUUAUUUCCCCAAUUCGAUAUUCUGGCUGUCUGACCGCCGGCCUGCAGGAAAUGGAGACCAAUUUAGUUCCAUUUCCACGAAUUCACUUUCCCGUGCUCCGUCACGCCCCAUUCAUGCAUUGUUCCCAUUCGGAGCAUCGUAUGUCCAAUAUUGAUCAACUGGUCCAGCAAGUGUUUAGCAAUACCGGACAAACAGUGAAAUGUGAUUUGAACCGUGGGAAAUUUAUGGCAUGUGUUCUAUCAUUUCGAGGUUUGGUCGGUCCGCGUCUCGUCAACAGUGCGCUAAGCCGCAUCAAAGUUACUCCCCACUACGAGUAUGUUGACUGGUGUCCAACCGGCCUGAAAGUGAACCUGGUCGCCCAGCCACCCGUAUUUGUGGCUCAAGAUGCACAUAUUUCGCCAACCGAUUGUUCCGUGACCAUGCUGGCUAACAGCACCGCAAUCAGUUCUGUGUGGGCCUCAGUGGGUGCCAAAUUCGACAUGAUGUUCAGUCGGCGUUGUUUUGUGCAUUGGUUUCUUAACGAGGGUUUAGAGGAGGCGGAGCUCAAAGAGGCACGAGAAACAUUGGCAUCGAUUGAACAGGAUUAUCGGGAAAUUUCGUUAAUCAGUGACAGAAACUUCAAUUUCAAACCCACUCGACCCAAUUUGGCAAGUAUUCAUAGAAGAGGAGACCUGACUCCGUGUGACAUUUUUAAGUUCCCAAAUGCUAAGGGCCUAAUGCGUGGAAUCGGAUACGAGUCACCAAUAGCGGCAGUGGAGGAUUUCACUGAACUGGUCGAAGGUUGGCUAGCUUUGGAAUGGUUUAGCUGUUCCACCAAACAGUUUGAGCGGUUGGAACUGUGCAUGAACGCUGGUGGAGAAUACGUUGAGAAAAUCAAAUACUCAUUUUUUUGUAAUGAGUAA